AUAAGUUAUUAAGCACAACCACUGAUUGUUAUUAUAUAUUUUUGGUGAUUAAUGAGAAUGCUGAACUAAUCUUCAGGGUUGGUUCGACAUUUUGAAUAUUUUCUAAGCGAAAUGAUAACAACAAACAUAGAAGUAUGUGUCAAAUAAAAUGCGUGCUUUAAACAGCAUCAGGUUUUGAUGAGCUUCAAAAAGUGCGAUUUUGAACUUAAUUUUGGUCCCAAAUCCUCAAAAUAAAUUCCUCAAAAAAUUAAAUAAAAUACACACAACUAAACUGCUUGGAUUUCAAGUAAAGGAUAGACUAAAUAACAUGAUUGUGUGUUUAUACAUGGACAACAAUCAGGAACAAUAUGCUACGUAUGAGAGUAAACAAACUCGCCGUACGUAUAUGUGACGUAAAAUGCCAAUCUCGCUUAGCUCUAAGAUUAUAUAUAAAAUUUUGGUUUAUUGAGACAAGUGAUUCUUUGCCUUCAAUAGCACAUUAUCUAAGUGUACAUUAAUAAUUGAAGCAGAAAAUUCUUUAGCCACCGAAAGAGUUUGCUAGAAGUUGAAGCUACAGCAUUAAUUCGGCUUAUUAUUUUGAAGUUAAAAUCAGUUUUAACAGAUUCGUUGUUGUUACAGAGUAUACAGUAAAAUGAUAUCCUUCUGGAAUGUCUCAGCAUUGCUAUUCUGUAUUGUAACCAUUAGCAAAGGUGAUAUACUGCGACUGAAAGCUUGUAACAAGUUUUAUGCUCUUUUCGAUGUGGUAUACGAGAAUUCUUUGCUGUCGAACACAGUCUAUUCCUUAGUUGAAAAUAUCAGUCUUCAUCGCUCCUUGAUAAUGUGCAUACAAUAUCCAAAAUGUAAAUCAUUCAGCUACAUGAGUUAUUAUUCACAAUGCAGAAUGCAUCACUCUAGCAGCGUUGACAAUGGCACAGCUUUAGAGGAGGUGAUUGGGUGGGUGCAUUACGAAACAUCAAAAUUUGACCAUAACUUGGGUCCGAUCUGUUAUAAAAAGAAGCCAUGUCAGUUUGGAAGAUGUGUGGACACGUGUGACAGCAAAGGCUACAAAUGUAUUGAAUGCAAAGGGAGUUGGACUCUGUUAAAGCGCAACGCUUGCUUUGGAGCACGUGCAAACAUGUUUGCGACAUUCACAGUACCUAAUGAUGCAGUGAUCACCGAUAUGAAAGUAGUGCAUGUUGGUGGACCAGGCGUAACCUGUUAUACUGGUGCAAUACCCACAAAGUGGGGAUGCGACGGAACGAACCAUUACGUCGUAGAAAAUAUAGGCGUGGUAAUUACAGAUGAUCAAGACAACACACUCUACCCCUCCAUGGCGCAUCAUGUAAAUUACGGUUACUUUACCAUACCAGGGUACAACGCCAACUCCCCCUUUCUUGUUUUCAGUGAAGCAAGUCACACUGUUUAUAAAGGACAAGAGCUUCGAUUACAGUAUGGUGAAGUUGUUUACGAUGGAAACUUGAGUAACAACGGUGGUGAGUCAUGUGCUGAUAUUUACGCAAUCAUGUGUGACAAAUAGAUAAAUAAUGCACGUGUAAUAGAUGAAUUCCAGCGUGACGUUAUAUGUUUACAUUUCAGCGGUAAACUCUUUAGCUCUGACAUUUGCGUGGUAGGAAAAAAGAUGGUAGGAUUUGAUGAAGAGAGGUCUUUGGAUUUCUUCUGACGGAAAAAUCUAUUGAGGUUUUAAACUAUUGUCGAGUUUAGAUUGAUGCCUUUUGAUUUAUUUGCAUUCAUUUAAAGCCGUAACAAUACCUUCAUGUAACAAAAUAGACUGAAAAUUACUUUGCUUCACCUAGCACCCCCAUCUUUUUUAUUUUAUUGCGACGCAGAUACCAGAGCGGAAAGAGCUUACCGCUGAAAAUGUAAUCAAAGAAAUUCAUCAAAAUUAAUUAACAUUAAGAUGUAGCUACCUACUUUGAUUGGUCAAGAGAUGGACAAAUGUCACAGAAUCAACCUUUACAACGUUAAGUAGAAAUGAGUGACUUUUUUUCUGGAUUUAGCGCACACACUUUUUUUGCUUUUUAUUCUUUAUCUAUUUUCUAUUUCUAAUUUUUUAGUUAUUCUGGUAUUUUGGUUAUUUUGGUAUAACUGAGAAACUUAAUAGAAACUGAGAAAUAUUUAUUAGAUAAAUCAAUCGCCAUUGCCUUAGCAAGGGAAGGCUAGGUUCUCCGAUUGUAUAAGCAUUUCCUUAUCAAUUUCUGCUAAACCAACUCUAUCAAGCGCGAGUCCGAGUUUCCAUAUUUUUCAACCUCCACCAAGUUACCAAGAUUUUCCUAUUUCCAAAUCUCGUUUAGACAUAUUGAACCAUACGAUAAUCUCUGAGCCUCCACAGUGAGCCUUCUUAUGCUUGGGUUUUAUAUUAUAGAAUUUUUUUUUUUUUUAUAUAUAUAUAUAUAUAGUUAUCACAAAAAAAAAAAAAAAAAAAAAAAAAAAAAAAAAUCCUUAUUAUGCAAUAAGUGCUGGCUGCUACGGUUUCAAUGAGCUGUUUAUUUCAACACAGCCAACGUUUUAUCUCUAACGAAGUCUUUCAGAGUCGAAGGAGACCUUCCGCCGAUAUACAACUAUAGCCUAUGCCUUUCCUCUAUUUAAUCUAUCAACAACCAUUUAACAAAACCUAAAUCUACAACUCUUAUUGAAACCUAGAUCUC